GGCGAGAAGUCGGAGCAGCAGUAGUAAGGCGCACCGUAGUGAUGAUCAAAGAAAGGGGUCGAAAAAUAUUGUGGGAGCCGAAGUCGAAGUCCGUCACUCUAGCUCAGCGUCUUCGACAAGUGGCCAUAGUCGAAAAAAUAGUGAAACCACAAAUAUUCAACCGCAUCCUCCGUUAGGCGUCGAUUCCGUUAUCAGUCAGAACAGCACAAGCGACACU